AUGGAUAUGAAUAAAGGCAAGAUAGAUGAAACUAUAGAAAUUAAACUUUUAAUUAAUUUUUCUACAAAUGAAGUUCCCAAUAUACCACAUAGUAUAUGCAGUAUAUUAAAUGGCAAAUAUGAAGAUGUACUAAAUAAUGAACUCUCUACAUCUAUAAUAAAAGAAAUAAAUAAUUGUCAUAGUUUGGAAGAAGUUAUAUAUAAAAGUAUAAGUGAAACCAAUAUAUAUCAGUCAUGGUUAUGUACAGGAAUAGCUUCUUUAUUAUAUUUUGUACAAUGCAAUUGGACUGGCCCAUAUACUGACAAGGAUAUUGAUUGGUUAAAAGCUGAAAGACAUAAAGCACUCAAGAAUUUAUCAUUACAUGAUGAAUGUAAUAUAAAUGUGCAAAAACCAGAAUUACUUUAUCUGUCUAAAAUAAUAUUCUCUAAUAUGGACUUGCAACUUCAAUAUAAAAGUUGCACUUGGUGGUUACUUAGAGCCAAUUAUUUGCAUCAACAUAUACUAGAAGAGAAUUCAGGAAUAAUAUUUAAAGAAACUGAAAAUCUAAUAUCAAUAAUCAGUUCUCUUGAUAUAUUAGAAGAUCCUCUUUGCAAUCUUUUAUUCAAUUUGGAGGCUACUAGAUUUUAUUUGUGUUUCCGAAGAACACAGGAUUCUGAGAAAUAUCUUGAUCAGGCACAGAGUAUAGCUGGCUUAACAUUGACUUUACAUGGUGCAAUGGGGAAACGUACAAGAUAUCAGUUGGAGGAAAAAUCACAACUGUAUUUGAAAGCAGAAAUAAGCAAAGAAAUUUUUCCAACAAUAAAUUGUGAAGAUAUACCAAUAUCUGUGACUUUAGAUGAUGAAUUGAGAUUGGAACGUAUUGAGUUUACAGAGCAUACAGAGGAAACCAAUCUGGGUGCAGUGGAAGAAGCUAUAAUUUUAACAAAAUAUACUCAAUUACAGAUGUGUCAACCUAAGCAUAAACUUACUCAAGAAGAAAUCAAACCCUACAUGACUAAAGUUAUAGAGAGCACAAAGAAUUGGUCAUUAAAAAUGACUUCUCUGUACUGUCGUUGCUCACUAGAACAUGAUCACUUCAGAACUGCACCGCGAUCUCUGAAGCAAGGACAAUCUCUUGAUCAAGAAUAUAGUGAUGGAAAAGUACCUGUAGCUAGAAGAAUGGAUCUAUUUUUCACGAGUGGUAUGAAACCUAUUUGGACAUUAAGAGAGGAAGUGGCUUUUCAAAUGUUUCAUCUUGAUAUGGUAAAGGCUGCUUUGGAAGCUUAUACAAAACUUGGUUUAUGGGAAGAAGUAAUUACUUGUUAUCGCAGAUUAGAUCUGAAUCACAAAGCGUCAGAGAUUAUACAACAAGAAUUGUCUAAGAAACCAACAGUGAAAUUAUGGUGUUUAUUGGGAGAUACAACUGGCGAUGUGAGUCAUUAUGAGACAGCAUGGAGAUUGUCUGGAGAAAAAAGCAGUAGAGCACAAAGACAAUGGGGAUACUAUUAUUUCACGAGAAAAAAUUAUGUUGAAGCUGUACCACAUUUGAAAUUAUCAGUAGAAUUGAAUAACAUUCAAGAAGGCACUUGGUUUAGGUUGGGCUUUGCUGCAUUGCAGAUAGAAAAUUGGAAUUUAGCUGCCACGGCGUACAGACGCUACUGUGCUUUAGAACCAUCUAGUUUCGAGGCGUGGAAUAAUUUAGCAAAAGCAUACAUCAAAAUGGGAAAUAUAGUAAGGGCACGAAAGUCUCUGGAGGAUGCUGUGAAAUGUGAUUAUAAUCGUUGGGAAGUGUGGGACAAUUUUAUGGUCGUCAACACCGAUUUACGACAUUUUUCAGAGAUUAUUCGAUGUUAUCAUCGCAUAAUGGAUUUAAAAGGUGCCCAUUUGGAUGUCCAAGUUCUUCAGAUAUUAACAAAUGCCAUAAUCAACGAUAUUAAUGACGCAAAUGGAAAUCCAGCAUCUCGUUUGCUUCAGAAAAGUUUAGAAUUAUUUGGAAGACUUAGCUUUAAAGUGGAUAACGCGCAUAUUUGGAAAAUGUAUGCUCAACUCGUUGCAUUGAAAAAAACAGAUGUCGACGAUGAAAAAGCAGCGCAUUAUUUACAACAAGCGUACCGUGUUGCCACUUUCGAUCCACACUGGUCUGAUAAUGAAGAUCAAACUUUGUAUGUGCUAGAGUUAUGUUGUGACUUAACACAAGCAUAUCUACGUUGCACCACUGACGUGAUCAAUAAGAAGAGAAAACUGUUAGGAAGCGCAAAAUUAUCGCUUCAGAAAGUUGUGAAAGAAGUCAAAAGACAGGAAUGGACUCAGUCGCAUAUCCUCGAGUCGUUGACCAAAGUAGAAGAAUACUUAACGGUUGUAACGAAUAAAUUAGACGAAAUAAAACCAGUAUAAUUAGAGAAGCACAGGUACACUUUUUAUAUAUACAGAAUUCUUCAUAUAUGCCGAAUUUGAUAAGUGAAAAGAUUUGCAAAUUCCAAUUUUUCUACUUAUUUGCAUGUAAGGUUUUAACAAUCGUGGGCAUUUCAAACCCACAUAUCCAUAUUGGACAUGUAUAUAAAAAUUUUCAGUCAUUUAUGAAUGACAAUACUUUAUAUAUUGUAUUCAAAUUACAAUUCAUCGAUAACGUAACAAAAAAAAAACAAAAUUAGCUCUAAGUUUUUGUAGGAAGAUUCUUCAACUUCGUAAAAAGUUAUAUUACUAAUAAUUACGGUUAGCUAUAGUAACUUAAUACUGAAAACAUGCAGCCGCGAGAUAUGCAUUUAUACAUUAUUCUAAUUAACGAUAUACUUCUAUAAUUGUUCGAACGAAAUCGCUCGUUCGUAAAUAAACUAUAUAGACAAGAUAAACAAGAAAAUUGAGAUACAGAUUCAUCGUAAUCGAUUGAUAUGCGCUUCAAGAAUGGCAAAGUAACCUUAGUUACAGUACGAAUGCUUACUGUGAUAUUCAACCGAAUAAUCAAUUUACAAUUGAACGUUUACGUAAAUUACGUUUACGACAGGAUAAAAGUGAGAACGAAAUUGUUACUAACAAGCACAUUCUGGGCGCUAUAAAACUUUUAAAAAUAAUUGUCGCUUUCGUUGUUCUCGACGGAUUCUUUCUUUGCGGCUAUCAGAUUCUCCCAUUGUGCGAUAAGCGUGCUACGACGUCGUGGAUUAGGCUGUAAAUAUAUAAUAAAUAUACAUAUAUGUAAUUAAUAAUAAAAUAUUAAUAUUUUAUAUAAAUUA